UUAGUGCCUAGUUUACUACUAUACGCGGCUAGGUGAACAAUGUACAGUGAUUAGUAUAAACCCUAGUCUGCGUAAUUAUACUAUAAACAAUAGAUUUUAUAAAUAGCGACCUCCCCCCCCCCUUUCAAACAAUCUAGACUUACGCUCAGUGUACAUAGUGUACAUAGUGUACAUAGUGUAACUGCAAAGAGUUUUGAAAUUUGAUUUGAAAAGUGAGCCACGUGAUCAGUAAUAAAUAAAGUGAUAAUAACCUAGUCAUGUUCGGUCCGGAGCUUAAUCCUUGGAAUAGAUAGAUAUGUUCGGUAUACGGUGACAAGAAGAGGAGAGAUGGGUCGUCCCAGCGAACAGAAUGAGCGAAGCGAGCAGGGGAAGGCUGGGACCUCCCUUUGGAUCCUUCUUAUAGGAAUAGUAAGCCUUGUUUUAAGCAUUGUUGCAGUGGCCAUACCAUACUGGGGAAACUUCGCCUUAGCUACAGGAUCAGGGUUCGGUUCCUCUAGAUCCAGGGAUGGAGAGGGGUACUUCGGACCUUUUCAAGUCUGUAGAUACUCAUACAACGGCUUCGGAUCAGCCUGUAAUUCUGAUGCUAGAGGAGAGGGUCAAAGUGGUCCAGGGGGAUUCGAGAAACAAGUUUUCAUUGUGAUUGGUGGGAUCUGUGCCAUCGUAGAGGUUGUUGCUUUAGGACUAUUCACAAUAUGUGCAGGUUAG